AGGUCAGCGUACGAACCCGCCCACAAACGCGAGAAGCAGCUUUUUCGUUUUUUUCGUGUUAUUGUGUCCCGCGAAAGUAUCGCCAAUUUUGUAAAAUAUGCCAAUUUUUCUUUUUGAUCUUUACAACUAGUCAAGCUGCGGAUUCCUGGCUUGAACGCGAGAGGGAGCUUUUUCAUUUUUUUCCCGUCAUUUUGUAGCGCAAGAGUAUGGCCAAUUUUCAAUAAUUUACUCAUUUUCCAUUUUGGUCUUCAACAGCAGCGCUGUAAAAUGACAUUCCGCCCACGAAUGUCAAUCUUCAUAUCAGUUUGUCUUUCAACAAAUACGAACUAAAAGCGGCGCAUUUUCUUGAAGGAUGGCGCGGUCUGUGCCCUCAAGCUUUUUCCUUGCAGUCACGCAGCUGCACUUGUCUGUGACGGAUGGUAUGGACGUCCGGACCGCGAACAAGCUGAUGGAAAACUAUACCCCGCUGCUGCGACGCGGGCAGCAAGAGCGGAGAAGUAGGGUCGGUCUUGGCGGUCAGUCGGUGUCCCUUCUGCAAAAAAAGCAUCGGCGCGGUCAAAAGGUCGGCCUCGGAUCCGAUACGGAUCCUCCAGUCAGCACAGCCAACGUUACUACAACUACCUCCCCGUCCGCGGGAGACGAACCUGAAGAAGUUAUGACGGUUCACGCGCAGAUGGAGCGGCUUUUUCGCGAGUACCCAGAGCAGUUCGGGCCGGUGGAAGACGGCGAGUCGAACCCCUGCCUGGACCCGCACGGGCUGGAGGUUCCGGUGGUCAUCAGGGGCGGCUACAGCACGCACACGGGAGACAAGUGGAAGUCGCAAACCUACCAGCAGGGCGACCCGCCGCCCCCGGACGACCGCAUUUGCUUCGGGGGAACCCGGGGCAACCACGUGACGGGCCACUUCUACCUGCCGAAAGUGGUCAACGACGUGAUGCAGAUCACGCUGCGCCACCGGACGGGCGAGAUCUCCUGCGGAACCAGGGGGGGCGAGCAUUCUAUCCCAGAGAAAAAAGCUGGCAGGGCAUAUUUGUAAUGCAAAAAUAAAUACAUGGGCGGCCUCAUAGCAUGCUGCUUAGGAUACGCAAUACAGAUCUUUGUGUAUUUAUAUAUUUUUGCAUUACAAAUGUGACCUGCCAGCUUUUUUCUGUGGGAUACAUUCGACGAAGUGCCAGCACUCCCGAUGGGGCCAGCGGCUCGGCGCCAUCUCGGCUUGGCUGGUCACGGGGGAAAACCAAGACGCCCAGGCCCCGUUCAAGGCUUCGCAGACGCAGAUGAGCCACGACGGGUGGGACAUAUCAAAUGCAAAAAUGUCUGGGUCUGGAAGAUUGCGAGAUUUGUCAUGCUUGUCUGGGAUGACCAAAAAGUUUGUGAUGCGUGUCCAAGAAGAGACCCUUUUGUCUGUCAUGCAAAAACGCAGUUUGUCAUGCGAAAAACGCAACACAACGAAGCGCAGAUAUUUCUCAUGCUUGGCUGCGCAUUACAGAGCAUUCACUAUAUUAUCCAACGCAGCAUUACAAGUUUCCAGACCCAGACAUAUUUGCAAUGCAUAGGACAUCGGGGCGGACAAUUUUCGCAGCGACGAGAGCGGCGCCCACACCCACGCCGGCUCCUACCGCUACCACACGGUCCGGAGCCGGGAGGAGCUUCCCGGCAUCGCGAUCAGUGACAAAACCGGGGCGGAGUACAAAAUUUGGGCCGUGCAGAAGCACGGACCGAACGACCCGGACCUGUCGUUUCGGGACGAGAGCACCACCUUGGAGGACAUCCAAUUCCACCACCAGAAGGCCGGGCACCGCUGGGGCCACUACCGGAUGGUGCACGGAGAAAACCUGUUCGCCGUGGCGGACAGGGACAAUCAGGGAAUCACCUGCGCCACAGUCAUCGUCUGCAAAAUCUUCACGACCACAACCAGCACGACGACAACGACGAAAAGCACUACGACGACCACUACCACAACAAGCACAACGACCACCACUACAACGACGAGUAAAACGGCGUUUGAUACCAUCUCGAAAACUGUUGUCAGUGUCAAUGGUACUACCGACGCGGAGGACGUCGGUGGGAAGCUGACGAUUGAGGUGAAAAGUGAGAACCCCUUGGAAGAUUUGGUGAAGGGGCCGAUGGACUGCUGGUCUUCGUGCGCAGAGACGAACGGAGCAGGUUUUUGCGACAAGUGCGCCGUUGUCGGUGGACCGGGGAAUUUCAGCGCAGACUACACCGGGGCCUGCUGCCGCCACUUUGCUGGCCACGCAGGCUGGAACAUCAGUAAUACCUCAUCUCUAGUACUGAGCAAAGGGCGGUGGCAGCCCGAGGAUCCACGCGAAUGCCGCAUUUUGUCGGUGAUCGAGGGAACAAAAGACGAAAAAGCUUUUCUCACGCAGCGCUACUGGGACUUUGUCAACUCGGACGCGCACUUGCAAGAUGUGCGGGACAGGUUCAGGGGCAAGUUGGUUGACGAGGCGAGCGGGACCGACCACACGGGGUACCACUCUUGUGUGGCCGUGCCGAUCUGGGUCAAGGAGCAGAAAUCCUGCUUGGGGAGUGGGAGCGGCCAGUGCGCAGAGCUCGGUCUUUGUGACCAAUGCCCCGGUGAUGUCGCUGAAGGUUUCUAUGGCGCCUGCUGCGAGAAGGGGGCGGAAUACAGUGGCAAUCCAGAUCAUGUUUGCAACCAAGUGCCGCUCAGUGGCUACCCGAUCGCGGACAUGUUGAAGAACGAUACACACGGCAAGAGCUUCUACACUCCCGAGUGCAUUCUAGUGACAACGACUACCACGACUACAACUUCUACUACGACGCCCACUUCUGCCGUGAUUACGAACGCCGUACAAGAAGACAUGGGCACGACAAACACUUCUUCGACAACAAUUUUGGACGACGCUGGUGUUCGGGACUCGAAUUCGACCAUUUCUACCGUGAUGCCCGCUCCCGCAGCCGGCAACAACACGAACACAACGCAAGAGAGCGCAACAAUUGGUGGCGGUAACAGCAUAGAUCUGUUUCCCCAGUCUUCGGCAGAGGUACGCGACGAGGACGGCGGAAAAAACGUUGACGUCGAAGAAGGCGUCAAGGGCGUCGGCGGAAGCUCGUGUUGCUAGCGACUCCAAUUCCAUAGACUUGAAUGAUGUCGUGUCACUUACAGUUACAGCCGCGGCAUUGGAUUUUUUCCAACGGCAGUGGCAGUGUGUCAGGCGAAUGCUUGGCUUUGCUAGUUUUCCCCUUUCCUAAAAGCAUCUAGCAUGCCGCAAGAGUUCCCUUCUACCCUCACCUGAUGUUGUGCUGAAGUGUGAUCAAUAGCGACCCAAAAACCUUCAAAGCAUGCUGAAGUACGAUCGAAACCAUCAUCCCAAAUAUGCACGAAAAAGCGUACUUACAUACCUGUAUUGUGCUCUCAAUCAUUCUGGCGAGCCCCUCUCCUGACCCUGGGGCUCACAGUUUGUAUCCUAUACUGAAAAACUCACACGUAGUGUUAGUAGCCCAAUUGAUUCGUGCUUCAGAGCCAGCGCUUACUUCUACUUUCGUCUGCAGUAGAAAUUUCGCGCGUCCUCAGAUCGUCCUUCAUUUGCGUCGCCGCUUCUUCAUUCUUUAAUAGUAGCUCGCUUUCGUG